AGGUAGGCGUAGGUAUUUUGAUUCUCCUUAUAUCUAUCUUUUAUCGGCCCUGAGACUCGUCUCUGGGCUUUACUCUCCGAGAUACAGUUUCUUUCUUUUUUGUUGUUGUUGUAUAAAAUGUAUACCAACCUGACCAGAGCGCAGGGUUUCCCGCGGGUUGCUAAGAUUUCUUCGGGAUUCAAAUGCUUCCAAUCGUCCCACGCGCUAAAGACCCAAUAUUUACCAUUUUGUUCAACUCCGACACCCUCUCUGAGUCAUAUGUUAAAGAAUCCCAAUUUUUGUUCACAUAAGGCCAGUAAUAAAAUCGGAAGCUUCUGUUUGAUGAACCCAGUGAAGCAUUCAACCGAAUUGCUGCAUGGGACCUUGGAAAUGGGAAAACUAGUGAGUUGCAGGCAAGUCUCGUAUGGGUUGCCGCUAAAAAUUUCUGGAUGUUAUUGCUUUUCAUUGUGGCCGAGAAGUUGGUCAACUUCUUACGCUGGAAAAGUUAACGAAGGGAUUAAUGUGGGAAGAGCGGGAAAGCAACUUCCUUGGUUAGUUUCAAAUGAAGCUAAGGAAGCUAAAGAGUCUGGGAAGACAAAAAUGACAAAUAUUGGGGGCUCCAUUCAAGAAGAAUCAGCAAAGAAGGAAAAGGAAUUUGGUAACAGUUCUGCUGUGGAGGAAUCACUGAAGAGGUCAGGGAAGGUAAAUUACAGAUCCUCUUGGGAAGAAUCAAUUCCAAGGUUAGAGAAUUUGACAAUGGCAGAAUCUGGACAUUCUUCUUACCAGGCAGCAGCAGGUAACUUUUCUAAAACAGGUGAUAUUUCUGCUGUAGCAAUUAAAGGAAGUAGGAACGGGUCA